AUGACUGAACCACCGAAGCCUCAUGUGCUCGUCGUUGGCGCAGGAGCCAUGGGCCUGAUCAUGGGGUACAUCCUCACGCUGGGUGGCGCCGACGUUACGUUCCUGGUUCGGCCACAUCGAGCGGAAAUCCUGAGCCGGCCGCAGCUCCUCUACUCAUUCGAUGACCAUCAGCUUAAGACAUACAAGGACUACACGUUCAUCACGGACCCCGCAAAGAUGGUUGGUGCAGACUUCGACUAUAUCCUCAUAACGCUCGACGGCCACGUCUUGAAGAGCGAAACUGGUGUGAAACUGGUAAAGACAAUGGGAGAGGCGGUUCGCGGGACGAAAACGCGCGUUGUUAUCGGCACGGUUUUUGUCGACUUGAGACCUUGGUUCUUGGAGACGUCGGGCAUCAGUGGUGACCAAGUGACCUCUUCCCAACUCUUGAUCCACUCUUACGAACCCAAGAACGUGACACUCCGUCUGAACGAAGGAACGAACCCAGAGCUCUUGCAACAGGCCGACCAGGCGUAUACCGACAAGCUCGGUCCCGGGUUCAUGAUCGACGACAGCAGUCCGGCGGUGGCAGAGGGCUUUGCGAAGCUGUACAACGCCAGUGGAUUAUCGAGGUGUGACAUAGUAUCCCCGGAGCAACUUGGAGCAGCUUCUGGGCCGUUGUUUCCCCUCUUGGCGGCCUCCGAUAUAUUGGGCUGGCCGGAUUAUGAAGAGGUUGAUCCCAAUGGGGAAGCGUGGACUCUUGCUGUGAAUUCGGCGAAAGAGAUUCAAGGGCUCAAGAUCUUUGGACAAACGGGUCAAAAGUUGAUGGAAACCACGACCCCGGAAGGUAUGAGGGAGCAGUGGAUCGGUAUACAGAAAGUGAUGCUUCCCAUGGAUUGGGUGGGAUUCAACAAGUAUCACCACGGCGGCAAGGUCAACGUUCAGGACCAGGAACUGCUUCGAACUUGUAUUGCCUAUGGUGAGGCCGAGGGGAAGACAAUGUCCGCAACCAAAGAGUUGCUCAAAAAGGUGGAAGCAAAGCAUCAGUAG